UUGAUGGAUGGUGAUAUCACGAGUCCGUCUCUUUCAUUGGGUGUGCAGAAAGUACACAUUGUCAAAAAACAAAAUCACUUGGGAUAUCGGCGCAAGGUGUGGUGAUGUCUUUAAGGAACAGCUAUAGCAACACCAUAUAAAAACGACUGGGACACUGUGAGAAAAAAACACUGCCGAAUUCGUUUUCUUGCAGAUUGUUCUGAAGUGGUGAUGCUGAGCAGUUUCCCCUAGCAGUUCUUCUCUAGCAACUUGAUACUGUCAACAACCGGCAAUGUUGCCGCUAAAUCACGACAAGGAUGAUGGGGUGAUGACGACGACCGCCGUGAGCUGGGUACUAGGCUCCAGGUCAGUCAGCCUUAAUACUUCUGAUGAGGAUGUAUCUUCCUCCGAUUACAGCUAUUCUUGGUCUUCACUGUCUGGUAUCAACUCACAGGAAGGUCUUGAUACAUGGAUUCCAAUCGUUCUCUUCACCUUCAUGUUCCUGGUGGGUGUACCGGCGAACGCUGUGGUCCUCUUCGUCCUACUCCGCAAUGGAAUCUGCCGCACGAACAUCAACCUGUUCCUCCUCAAUCUCGCCCUGGUUGACUUCAUCUUCCUGGUGUUCAAAGUACCUCUUAAGCUCAACUCGUAUAUCGUGUCGUCUCGGAUCAUCUGGUCGUUUGGGACAGUCGUCUGCAAGCUGAGUACUUAUUUACUCUACGUGAAUAUGACUGUGAGCAUUUUGACGUUAGUGGCUCUGGCUGUCAACCGUUAUAAUGCUGUGAUGCGUCCGGUAAGCUCUCGUAGUAAGAGAAGCAAAGCCCAUGCCAUCUUGAUGAUAGUAUUGAUCUGGGUGAUCGCUUUGGCCAGCCAAUCCCCAGCCCUAGCAGCUACAGAUACCAUUACUAUCAACAUGAUACAUGAUCGUGUCCCAACAGUCAUCUGCGUUGAGAGCUGGUCCUCCUACACUCCUAUGAGGAUAUUCAAGGGUUCCAACUUCAUCUUCUUCUACUGCAUCCCCCUGGCCGUGGUGACCGUAUGCUACCUCCGGAUGGCCCGCACCCUACAACGGAGCGCCCAGUUCACCCGGAACGAGAGCGGUGACAGUGCGAUGGGGGUGGGGCUACAGCGCCAGCAGAGCUGUCGUCGCAAGGUGGCCCGCAUGGUGCAUGUAUUAGUCGUUGCCUUCGCGGUCUGCAUGCUGCCGUGGCAUAUCUACAUGCUCAUCUCCUGCAGCCCAUCCAUCACCCCUGAUGCUGCCGUGCAUUUCUACAUCGGCAUCCUCUGCCGUUGGGCUGUGUAUCUCAACUCGUGCCUCAACCCCGUGCUCUACUCUUUCUUCAGCCAGAACUUCAGAGUGAGUUUGAAGAAGUCCUUUUGCUGCUGGAACAAAGCCUUGUGCCGCAAGCGAACGUUCAUUCCCAUCAAGACGGGGAUUAAGGGAGUCGCGGAGGGUCUGGACGAGAGUGGUCGAAACUUCGGGUCAUCCAGUCAGCAAAGGUCAUUCACAACAGUCCUUAUGAGGGCCUGUUGAUUUGACCUGCUCGAUCAAGGGUCGUAAGUGGUAGAAACUUCGGGUCAUCCAGUCAGCAGGGGUCAUUUACAACAGUCCUUAUGAGGGCCUGUUGAUUUGACCUGCUCGAUCAAGGGUCAUUAGUGGUAAACACUUUAGGGUCAUCCAGUCAGAAGAGGUCAUUCAUGUUUGAUUUGACCUUCUCGCUCAAGGGUCAUUAAUGGUAGUGAUGGUAAAAACUUCAGGUCAUUCACAACAGUGCUUUAUGAGGGCCUGUUGAUUUGACCUGUUCGAUCAAAGGUCAUACCGACAAGCAUGCACUGAUAUUUAGUCCUUGAGAAGAACAACAUAGAAACAAGGGCAGGGGUACAAGGGUUGACCCACAAUAUGUACAUAUGGUGUAGCUUUUAAUAGAUUUUCAGGCUAUUUAAUGGCAAA